AUGGCAUGGCAAAUGACGGAAGAAGAUGAGGCUAAAACCCUGCCUUCUCUCAAGCGGCAUGGCACACAGCAAAUGUUCGAACAAUCGGUCAGUCACAUUUUCGCAGUGAACGCAAAAACGCCCGCCAACAGCAGAAGCCGCAGUUGCCGAUUUUUGCUUCCGCGUCGAGCUCCAUCACCACGUCUCCGCGUCUUGCGUUCUCCGACUCCGGCGAUGCCUUCCUUUCCGCAGCCAGGCUCGGUCACGAUUUGCGAGAUCAAUCGGCAACUGAUUGCGGCUGAGAGUUUAUCGGAUGAGCGAGCCAGGGAGACUUACGGGAAGAUCCUGGGUGCGGUGUUCAGUCCGGUUCCUUUCCAAGCCGAUCAGCUGGUGUCGUCUCCCAACGUGGAGCAGGAAUCAGAGCAUCAGGGGAGAAGUAACGGAGACAGCGUUGGGCGGAAGAUUCUCGGGAAGGCGUUUCAGGGCUUUGUCAACAUGUUUCAGCCAAAUUAUGUAAAUUUGUUACCAGAAGUUGGUCUCCAUGGUGUGUCCUGGCAUCAGCAUAAGCACAUAAUUGCAUUUGUUUCUGGCCAAAACCAAGUCACGGUUUGUGAUUAUGAAGAUAAGGGAUCUGGGACCCCUAUUCGGCGUGGAUUAGGUGGUAUUUCAAUGCUCAAAUGGUCACCUUCUGGAGAUAGCUUUUUCUCCGCCAAAUUUGAUGGAACAUUUUAUCUAUGGGAGACAAACACUUGGACAUCAGAACAAUGGUCUUCUUCUAGUGGGUUUGUGACAGGAUCACAAUGGGAUCGCGAUGGCCGUAUAGUACUGCUUGGUUUCUCUGGAUCUUUAACAUUGGGCUCUGUUCACUUUGCAUCGAAGCCUCCCUCUUUGGAUGCACAUCUGUUACCUGUUGAGUUGCCGGAGAUAAUGUCACUGACUGGCAGUAGUGGGAUUGAUAAGGUAGCCUGGGAUGCUUCCUGUGAACGAUUAGCCGUGUCGUAUAAAGCAGGGGAUGAAGCGUACAAUGGCCUGAUUGCCAUAUUCGACACAAGGAGGACUCCUCUUAUCUCUGCAUCUCUAAUUGGCUUCAUUAGGGGACCUGGAGAAACCCCCAGGCCUCUCACGUUUGCAUUUCACAACAAGUUUAAACAGGGACCAUUGCUUUCUGUGAGGUUUUUCUGCGGUGGAAGAUUGAUCUUUGGUCCUGAUGUGGCAUCAAUGUUCUUGUCAAUGUUCCUCAUUGCUGGUCCUUCGAUUGCUUUCUGCGGAAAGUUAUAUUACACGAUUGUGAACGGAAAUGUCAAGAAUCCAGCCCAUUGGUAUGCUAUAUUGAUUGGGGGCUGCGCUCUCACCUUGUUGGAUCUGCUGUUUCUCCUAUUAACAUCUAGUAGAGAUCCCGGAAUAUUGUGUAGAAAUUCAAAGCCUCCAGAGUCGGAUGAAAAUUCAGACAUUAAUACCCCAUCCAUGGAGUGGGUAAGUGGCAGAACCCCUCAUUUGAAACUACCGCGUACAAAGGAUGUGAUGGUUAAUGGCCAUGCAGUGAAGGUCAAGUACUGUGAUACGUGUUUACUAUAUCGUCCUCCCCGUGCUUCUCAUUGUUCAAUCUGCAACAACUGCGUCCAGAGUUUCGAUCAUCACUGCCCUUGGGUAGGGCAGUGCAUUGGCAUACGAAAUUAUCGGUUCUUCUUCAUGUUUAUAGCAACAGCAACCAUCUUGUGUAUAUAUGUCUUUGUGUUCUCUUGGGUCAACCUCCUUCAGAAAGACACGAGGGUUUUGAAAGCUAUGUCUCAAGAUGUGCUCUCCGAUUUCCUCAUAGUAUACUGUUUUGUUGCUGUCUGGUUCGUUGGAGGCUUAACGAUCUUCCAUUUCUAUCUAAUUUGCACAAACCAGACUACCUAUGAGAAUUUCCGGUACAGAUAUGAUAAGAAGGAGAACCCAUACAACAGGGGAGUAACAAAGAACCUCUUGGAAACUUUCUUCACAAAGAUCCCACCUUCACUGAAUAAAUUCCGUUCAGUUGUGAAGGAAGAUCCUCCUUCUGUGAUGCAACCCGUGGCAGAGAAUCAUGGUGAAGAGUUUAAGGAUAGAAGUGAUGUCGAAAGGAGAGCCAAGUAUUCAGAAGAGCAUAGUAGUUAUUCUCUUCCUGAGAUUCUCAGGAAUUUGGAUUAUGAUGAUGAUGAUUCCGAGGAGAACUCAAAGAACUCCCAAGAUGGGCCACCUACUUUUGACAACAGUGUCCCUGAUGAUGAUAACGUGAAAGAAUCUCUAGAGAUCCCUAUACCCAAUCGGUUUCUUGAUACAGACGAUGAUGGUCGCAUUGAAGAAAUACUAAGAAGCUUGAGGGAAUCUUCUCAAGGAUCACAUGUCAAAGAUGGAGAGACUGUUCAAAGCAGCUCCAGAUCCCAUGAAGAUGGAAAUGGAGACUCUAUCCAGAAUUCAGCUGCUGGAGAUAUGGAUAUCGAUCAUCGUGUUAAGAAUCAUGGUCAAACCUUGCAAAUAGGUAGCCCUCGAUAACAUCGAAGGUAACAACUUUGGAGAAAGAAAAUCUCUUCCCUUGAACUUCUCCUUCAAGAAAAGUCUUGAACCAUUGAGCCAUGUAAUGAAUGCAACUACAACUGCUCUCUGGUUCUUUUUACAGAUCGAAACCUCUUUUCUAGCUAGAGCACCAAGGAGAAAUGGGAAGCUGGGACCUGAGUUCCUGGUUACCAUGGCUGCCAACCAAGCUGACUAAGGUGUAGAUACAUACAUACAAGAUUUUUAAAGAGCUAGCUGGUUAGCUGCAUUUGCUGUAAGCUGUAAAUCGAUCUCUCUCCAUCAUGGGUUUGCCUUUGUUGUUUUCUUUUCUUUUUGGGGGUUCUCUUCCUUUCUAAUAAUGCAGAAAACCUGGAAGGGAAAGUAUCCAACUUGUAAGGUGGAUUGGGUUUUCUGAGGAGUUUUUGGUAGGAUUAUUCUUUCUUCUUGAAAAUUUUCUUUUUGGGCUUCACUAUUGAUUGAAGAACCCACUUGAUUGAUACUUGAUAGUUGAUUUGUUUAGUUUAAGGUUGGAUACUUCUUGAGCUUAAUUUAGUUCCUGAGGAAAAUUCUUUCUAUUACAUUGGAG